AUGCGGCCUCUGCCUAGCUUCCUGCUUCUAUGCGCGAGCUACGGCGUGACCGCUAUCGUACACCACUGGAGCCGCCUAAGCCUUAGCCUAAGCGACUCCGGCGAGGACGGCGAGGCACUUAGCUCCGUGCACUCGACCGCCCUCGCCGUUGGCAUCGCAGAAUCUUCCAAAAUCCUGCUCGUGCAGAUAAAGGCAAUCUAA